AUGCCGUUCCUGGCUGAAGAGCACAUCGACAUUCCCAUGACUGACUUACUCUCAUGGAUGUUCGAUGAGCAGAAGUACGAUGCAGACAAACCUAUCUAUGUCGAUGCAGCAGAACCUACACGAUCGUUCUCAUCAAACCAGGCAAGAUGUGUAAUACGGAAGUUAUGUGACGGUUUCAAGUCAAUCGGACUGAAGGAGGGCGAUUGUGUUUGCAUGCUCUCCUUUAAUGAUAUAUACUACUCCAUGGCCUUCCUAGGCAUCCUAUCCUUUGGUGGUAUCUUUGCCGGUGUCAACCCAUCCCAUACACCUUACGAGCUUACGCAUGCCUUCCGUACCGCCGAGAUUAAAGCGCUCAUUGUCGAACCUGAGCUUCUUCCAAAUGCCCUGAAAGCAGCUGCACAGGCUGGUAUUCCUCAAACUCACAUCUUCGUCUACGAUCACCACACACCAGUCAGUCAACCCUGGAACAAAAGUGACGUCCGGGACAAAGAGCUGGGUCGCAGAAACCACUGGAGCGGCCUCAAAAGCUGGAGAUACCCCAUGAGCCAUGGACAAACCGACUGGGUCAGGUGGGACAACCAACUCCAGAGUAAAUCAACAACAGCAGCCCGCCUCUUCUCCAGCGGGACAACCGGGCUUCCAAAGGCUGUCGAAAUGACGCACCACAACUUCAUCGCCCAGCACACCAUGGUCCUCGAGCACAACCCGCGAGACUACGAAAUCAUCCGCCUCCUAUGUACACCUAUGUUCCACGUCUCCAAUGUCCCGCGCGCACACACCUCACCUCUCCGUAGUGGCCUUCGGACCCAUAUAAUGUGGCGCUUCGAAUUGCAAUCCUGGCUGCAAAAUAUUGAGCGUUUCGGCAUUACGGAAGCAAACAUGGUCCCGCCAAUGGAACUCAUCAAAGUCCGAGGCUUCCAAGUCGCGCCCGCAGAACUCGAAGGCGUCCUCCUCUCUCACCCCAAGAUCAGCGACGCAGCCGUAAUCGGCGUAUCGGCAGGCGGUGCGAGCAGAGCGAGCGAAACGAGCGCGAGCUUAAUUGCAAUGGCGGGUGAAGAAGGAAGUGAGAUGCCACGAGCCUACAUCGUGCUCAAGCAAGGCAGCCAACUGGGCGAGAAAGAUGUACAGGCAUAUAUGAAGGAGAAGUUGGCAGGUUACAAGCAGUUGGUCGGCGGCGUGCGGUUCAUUGAUUCGAUACCGCAGAACGCUUCAGGCAAGAUACUGAAGAAAGACUUGAGGGACAUUGCUAGGAAGGAGAUAAGUGCCCGAUUAUAG